AUAUUGACAAAAGAAUAAAGAGUUACAAAUCCUGUCAGAAGGAUCGAAACGGAUUAAAAGUGAGUAUGUCCGACGACAUACUUUCGAAAUGUUUAACCAGAAGAGACUGGAUAGAUAACAAGUAUACUAAAUCCGAAGCAAUACCAGAAAUGUCACAGAGACUAAACGCAGAGACUUCCAACAAAACGGGGCCAACGAUAGAAUAUGAAGCUAAGAAAGAUGAGAAAAAUGAAAACGAUGAAAUUGUACAUCGCCCUUCACGAAAAAUAAGUGAAGCUAAAGUUGUCUUCGAAGAUGAACGUUCUGACAAAAAUCAAAAUAAUUUAAAAAGCGAUAGAAUUAUUAAGAACAUUGUUCAAAAAGUUGAUUACCAAUGCGAUAAAUCGAGCAAAAAAAAUGAUAAAAAAGGAAGCGAUUCAUCGGAAAGAGAAAUCAAAUGCCACAGUUACGAUUGCUUAAAUACAAGUGAUCCUAAAAUCACUAAAAGGCAUGAUUUACAUUCUGCAGGAAAUAAAAGAAAGGGAGCAAUAUCCUUAUCCACCGAUAAAGGAGCACAAGCUUGCUUUUCAAAUGAUUCUAUAGAUGAUUUUCUUUCAGAAAGAGGCAUGAUGUUUCUUGGGGGUGAUGAUAUUUCAAAGUAUACAUUUUCUUAUACAUCCAAUCAACCUAAGCCUACAUCGUCAUCAGAAGUAUCGAGCAAGACGUCGAAAAAUAAUCUUGUUAAGAAUAUGUUGACAAUGUUGCAUAAACGUUCUAAACACGGUAUAUCAUCAGAUCCAGGAAUAUCGAUGACGGACAACAUAGAUAUUGAAUUAUUACACAUGUCACAUGCUUCUGUAUUCACUUCGAGUAACGAAUCCGAAUGUAUCAAAGAAUUGACGAAACAGCACGACUCAAGAACUUCAUUGUAA